AUCAUGGCGUCCGUUGGGACCCUCGCCUUCGACGAGUAUGGGCGCCCUUUCCUCAUCAUUAAAGACCAGGACCGCAAGUCCCGGCUCAUGGGGCUGGAAGCCCUCAAGUCUCACAUAAUGGCAGCCAAGGCUGUGGCGAACACCAUGCGAACAUCACUAGGACCGAAUGGGCUGGACAAAAUGAUGGUGGACAAGGAUGGUGAUGUGACGGUGACUAAUGACGGGGCCACCAUUCUGAGCAUGAUGGACGUUGACCACCAGAUUGCCAAGCUGAUGGUGGAGCUCUCCAAGUCCCAGGAUGAUGAGAUCGGAGAUGGGACCACAGGGGUUGUCGUCCUGGCCGGGGCCCUGCUGGAGGAGGCCGAGCAGCUGCUGGACCGCGGCAUCCACCCCAUCAGGAUCGCUGAUGGCUACGAGCAGGCCGCCCGCAUCGCCAUCGAGCACCUGGACAGCAUCAGUGACAGCGUUCUUGUAGACGUGGUGGACACCGAGCCCCUGAUCCAGACGGCCAAGACCACGCUGGGCUCCAAAGUGAUCAACAGCUGUCAGCAGCAGAUGGCGGAGAUCGCGGUCAACGCCAUCCUCACGGUCGCAGACAUGCAGCGCAGGGACGUGGACUUCGAGCUCAUCAAGGUGGAGGGCAAGGUGGGCGGGCGGCUGGAGGACACCACGCUCAUCAAGGGCGUCAUCGUGGACAAGGACUUCAGUCACCCCCAGAUGCCAAAGAAAGUGGAGGACGCCAGGAUCGCAAUCCUCACGUGUCCCUUCGAGCCGCCAAAGCCCAAGACGAAGCACAAGCUGGACGUGACCUCCGUGGAGGACUACAGGGCCCUUCAGAAAUACGAGAAGGAAAAGUUUGAGGAGAUGAUCCGCCAGAUCAAGGAAACUGGAGCCAACCUAGCCAUCUGCCAGUGGGGCUUUGAUGACGAGGCGAACCACUUACUGCUGCAGAACAACCUGCCUGCGGUCCGCUGGGUCGGAGGGCCUGAGAUUGAGCUCAUUGCCAUCGCCACUGGUGGGCGCAUCGUCCCGCGCUUCUCUGAGCUGACACCUGAGAAGCUGGGCUUUGCGGGGCUGGUGAAGGAGAUUUCCUUCGGGACGACCAAGGACAAGAUGCUAGUCAUCGAGCAGUGCAAGAACUCCAGGGCCGUCACCAUCUUCAUCCGCGGGGGCAACAAGAUGAUAAUCGAGGAGGCCAAGCGCUCCCUGCAUGACGCCCUGUGUGUCAUCCGCAACCUCAUCCGAGACAGCCGGGUGGUGUACGGUGGCGGGGCUGCCGAGAUCUCGUGUGCACUGGCCGUCAGCAAGGAGGCGGACAAGUGCCCCACCCUGGAACAGUACGCCAUGCGGGCCUUCGCCGACGCACUGGAGGUCAUCCCCAUGGCCCUCUCGGAGAACAGCGGUAUGAACCCUAUCCAGACAAUGACGGAGGUGCGCGCCCGGCAAGUGAAGGAGAUGAACCCGGCGCUGGGCAUCGACUGUCUGCACAAGGGCACCAACGACAUGAAGCAGCAGCACGUCAUUGAAACUUUGAUCGGGAAGAAGCAGCAGAUUUCACUGGCGACACAGAUGGUGCGGAUGAUCUUGAAGAUCGAUGACAUCCGCAAGCCCGGGGAAUCUGAGGAGUAG